AUGCCAGCAGGGCUGCAACUUAGUGAAGCCGGACUAGAGUACCUUGCUGCGCAGCGCUCACCGCUCUUUCUCGUGCCCGCGCUGGGUGUCUAUCGUGGCGGGAAAUCCCUCCUCCUUAAUCGAUUGAUGGGACUCAAGGCGCCUUAUCAGGGUGGAUUUGGCGUUGGACAUGGCCAGCAGACAUACACCAGGGGCAUUGACAUUUGCGCCGAGCGGACGUCCAUCGGAACAGUGGUUUGGAUGGACACGGAGGGUUUGUUCUCCUCAGAGGACGCUCGAAGUUCAUACGGGCCCAAAAUCUUCAGCUUGGCGCUCCUCUUCUCAUCCGCAGUCUUGCUCAACAAUCUGAAGGUGCUCAACCAGCAGUUCUUUGUUUUCUUUGAGGAACAGCAGCAGGUGGCGCGAAUACUCAGAGAAGGCCUGCGCAGCGAAGGGCUUCAAAGCGACCUCCUGCUUGCAGACAACCUGCCCCUUGUCUGGGUUCUUCAGCAACCAAUAAAUUUCACCACAACGCCGGAGGCAAGCCAACAGCAGCUUGAUUCGUUCAUCACGAUUCAGGACCCCGCGCGUCAGAGGGUGCGGGAGGAUUUUCGGCACCUGAUCCACGAGGUUCCGACAGCCACCCAUGACUCGCGCCAGUGGCCUAUCCUGGACCGAGUAAAUGAUGAGGAACUCCUCCCUGAGUACAUAAACGCCACGCAGGCGCUCCGUGCCCUCCUGCUUACGGAGCUGCAGCGAGCGCGGCCCCUUCAGGCCGCGAGCAUUGGUGCACAUCUACGAAUGUAUGUUGACCUCGUCCAAAACGACCACUUCAGCGUAUCCCUGGCCAGAGAGGCUUUCGAGGAUUCGCAUAUCGCGCAGCUUUGCGAGAGCUUUGCUUCACAUUCAGAGGCCUUGGCUGGACAGCUUCCUUCAGCAAAGCUUCCUGGAGCAUUGGAUUUGGCAGAGGAAGCUAUUCAAGAGCAGCGGGACAAGGUGGUCAAGGAGUUCCAUUUGGAUGAGAGCUUCCUGCGAAGGUUACACCACUGCCUCCAGAAGAAGCGAGAAGAUUUGCAGACCAUGAAUUCAGAGCUAGUUCUGGAAGAAUGGAAGACCGAAGCUUUGAGCAUCGCUGACUCCGGGGGGUGUUUCUUCUUGGGCACGCUGGCUAAGCGCCUGCCCAUGUACCGUGAGAAAUAUGGGAAAGCGUUUGAUAUCAAGACGCGAGCAAAAGCCCAAGAGUAUGGAUCUGACCUGCAGCGCGCGCGACUGACAGGGUGCGUCCACCUCCAUGAUUUUCUGCUUCCACUUGCUCCAUGGCUGGCAUGGCCUGUUGCAAGUCUGUAUCUCAGGCAGGGACUGGUCUCAGGCGUGCUGUCGAUGAUCCUCCAUGGUAUCGUUCUUGCAGGAGUUUAUACGAUGCUUCAGUUCAUGAACCAGCUGCCACCGUAUUUGGACUUGCACUACCAAGUCCUGAAACAUCACCCAGGUCUCCGAAGCCUGGUCAUGCGAGCGCCGCAGACAGUGCCGUGGAGCACAAUCUCCAAAGUCUUUGGGAUGAUGGGAGCUCUUCACAGUGCUUGGCGGCUGCUCACCAAUUUAUCACAGAUGUUGAGGUCUCUCAACCACGGCAGCCCGAUAGGGCAGCUGACAAAUCUGGAGUUGAAGUUGAACAUGAUCCUUGAGCGCUCCCAGGCAGACAUGAAGAAAACCAUCGUCAUGUCAGCGCUGGAAGCUGCUGUUUACAUUGACAGUUCUGAUGCUCCAGCUGCUGCGCUGGCGCUGGUGAAGGGUCUCAUGGUGUUUGGACAGGUCAAUGAAUCCGAUACGUACCUCGCUCAUCUUUUUGAGGCCGACCAUCGCCGGCUUGCGAAGGAGGCGGUGAGGACAUUCCAGCUUCCGGAGACUUCUCAGCGCUGUGUGACCAGCAAGGAGGAUGCUGAGCACAUGGUCCGGCUGGCCGUUAGCCAAGACUGGGACAAGCUCGUGCCUUGCAUGGUGAUGGUACUUGGGAAACUUUCCGGCACCAGCACGGCUAAGGAGCCUGCCAAGUCGCCCAAGCAGGCAACACCCGCAGGGGCUCGUGAUGAAGCCAGGAUGAGGCUGUUUCAAGAUUCACCUUCCGUGGAAGAUGAACCUGAUAGCGAAGCAUCAGAGGAGCCAGAAGAACAUGAGAGUUGCUGCCGAUGUUGCAGCAGGUGUCUGGUUUUGUUUGUGGCGGUGCUUCUUGGCAUUUGGACUUCUGCUUGGCUGCUAGAGAACUGCCGCAGCCGUCUCAGACAUGAAGAGCCACCGGAGCCGGAACUCAACAGCAAAGCACGCAGCGCAUCGGCUGAGGUCGUGCUGGUCUUCUGCCGCUGCCUGCUCCAUCGCCUGUACAGUGACGUCAUUGGGGAGUAUGGUGCUCUGCUGGAGGCGCUUUUGAAUGACGUGCUGACAGACAGGCCUGGUCCUCGCAGCGAACUGGAGUUUUGGCGCGGCCGCAUGCAGAAGAUCACUUCGAUCACGGAGCAGUUGAAGGGUGCCGACCUUGGGGCUCGACGGGAGUGUAAAGCAGUUUUCAACGUUCUGCAUGCCCGCUACUCAGACGCGCAGCUUUUUCAGGACAAUGUGCAGGCACACCUAACAUUCAAUGAUGCCAGGCAGCUUGUGCUGAAAGAUGCUCGGAGCGUUGCAUGCCAUGGCGUGGCGCAUGGCGCAAUGCGAUGCCCUGGGCAUGGCUAUGUCUGGUGGGCAGCUGUGCUUGCAAUCGGACCUGUGUUGGCGUAUUGCCCUCCAGUGCAGUUCAUGGGGGUCAUGCCUGCGGACUGCGAGUUGGAGACCUUGCUUCAGGAAGGAAUGAUGCUCAGCUUCUAUGGGCACGUGGAGGAACUGGAGUGGUCCGUCGCAGACGCCAGCGAGGUGAUUGAGUGGAAGGCUGGACGCAUUACCUUGGAGAUUUCAAAUGCGAUGCUAAGCUUUGCCGAAAGCCUUCAUCAUCAACUUUGCAUGGCCAGAUUCAGGUGCGUGUACCCAACGAAAGAGGAGUUUGAGUUGGCCUGGAACUUCUCUUGCGCGGAGCAGAUGCUGGCACGUGCGCCACCCAACUUCCCAUGGCUAUCAGCGCAGCCAUGUAGUGCCGGCAAUGAACUGAUGGAGGUCAUGGGAUUGGUCAUGAACAGGAUCCAAGACGCCAACUUUGGCCUGCCCGGGCGGGCGGCCCAAUAUCCGCCAGACGUUGCUCCAGUCUGUGAGUCUGUGGCUGCUGCGGACUUCAGCCGCAGGUGGCCCUUCGCUGAACUAAAUGGGACUUAUGGCCAAUACUUGGUAUCGACAGCGCAGCAGCCUUUCGCUGAUGUCUUGGACCGCUUUCGCGUGCUAAACAAGCUGAUCCCCUCGGAGCUUGUGGUAGUAAACCUCGGAGCUCACGAUGGAAGCUGCCGUGGUGGCUCAGCCGUCAAGGAUGUCAUCAACGAUGUCGCAAACUGUGCGUUUGAUUUAGGAGCUCGAGGAGUCGCUGUGGAGGGAUUGGAGCUGGCAAGCACUCUGGAAGGCCGCUGGCCAGGUGUCAUCGUCCAUGCCGGUUACGUUUCUCCGUCCAAUGUGAGCCGGGUGGUGGAGGAUGCCUUGUUCCGACUAGAAGCCUGGCGCGUGGAUCUCUUAAAGAUAGACCUUGAUCACGCGGAUUGCUUUUUUGCAGAGGCUCUCCUUCGAAAUGGUCGUUUUGCGCAGCCGACGUUCAUGGUUGUUGAAUACAAUCGGCUUUUUCCGCCGCCGAUACGUUUCCGGGAGCGCUUCUCAGAAGGCAAAGCCGGGCGGAUGGGAGUGGCCUGGAUGGAGGGGAAGCGAGAGCAGCAUUGGUCAGGCUGCAGCAUGCAAGCUUGGCACGACUUGGCAGCCGCUCAUGGCUACCAGCUGUUGCAGGCAACUCUCUUUGAUCUGAAUCUUGGAAUCAAGCUUAGCAUGCUCAAACGUUGCGGGGGCAUCGGUUCUACACUGCUCGGGCCAAUAGAACUUGUGAACGUCCGUGCGGAAGCCAAGGCUGGAUGGCCGUCCUCAAUCUUCCAGACAUGGCUGUCUUCUGCCUACUGCUUUGCUCCGUCGCGCCGGCUCUAUGGUCAUCAAGCUUUCGCGAACCUGGACCUCCGAGCUCUGCCUGAACUGUCUGUGGAUGAUCGAUGUGAACUGGAGGAGGGUGGCCGCGAGGACAGGGUCAGCACGGGUGGUGAUGUGGCCAUGCAGAAAGGAGCUGUUCUGCUGAGAGCUUGGACAGUGACCCCGAUUUUAGCAGAUGAUCAUGGAGCUCACUUGAGCGGAGUGCUCCGUUUCGGGUGGAAUGAGCUUCUGUGCCGUCAAACGGUCUUCAACACCCUUCGACGCUGGAAGCAAAUCGACAUCUCCAUCACGGAGGCCUUCAACGAAGCGAAGGAUAACGUGAAGUAUCUCACAACGCUUGAAAAGUUCAUUGAGCCUUUGUACUCGGGAACGCCGUCGCAGAUCAUCGACACUCUGCCCUCGCUCCUGAAUUCGGUCACAAUGAUCCACACCAUUGCGAGAUACUACAACACGUCAGAGCGCAUUACCAACCUUUUCUCGAAGAUCACAAACCAGAUGAUCACCAACUGCAAGACUUGCAUCAUCGGAGAUUGCGAGGAUGCGUCGCAGCUUUGGGAAACGUAUCCUCCGGACUUGAUUGGUCACCUGGAUAUCUGUUUGAAGCUGAACGAAUCGUACCAAGAACAGUACAACCUCACAAAGAACAAGCUGAUGACUUUGCCGAAGGGAAAGCAGUUUGACUUCAAUGAGAGUUUGAUCUUUGGGCGCUUCGAUCUUUUCUGCCGCAGGGUUGUGAAGCUCAUGCACAUGUUCAGCACCAUCCACCAGUUCAAUCAGCUAAAGAUUCACUUGAAGUCCAUGGAUGGGAUUCAUCAGCUGGUGGGCUCAUUCCAGACAAUUGUGGAUGACUUCAAGGUGAAGAGCCAUGACCUCCUAGACUUCCUGAACAAUCGCUUUGACAGAGACUAUGUUGAGUUCAACGUUCGCAUCAGCGAGCUGGAAAGCGCACUGCAGGAUUUCAUCAACCAGUCCUUCCAGAACAUCGCGUCGAUUGAUACAUCGCUGAAGCUGCUCAGCAAGUUUCAGAGCAUCCUGCAACAUGGGAGUCUGAAGACAGAUUUGGAAUCAAAGUUUUCCGUGAUAUUUCACAAUUAUGGCCAGGAGCUGGAGAGCUUGAAGGACCUCUAUGAAAAGCAUCGCGGCUCUCCUCAGAUUGUGCGGAACAUGCCGCCCGUGGCCGGAAACAUAAUGUGGUCGCGUCAACUACUGCACCGGAUCAUGGAGCCAAUGCAAAAGUUUCACCACAAUCCCCUUGUUAUGGCAGGAGGCAAGGAGGCCAAACGUGUCAUCAAGAUAUACAACAAGAUGGCCAAGACAUUGGUGGAAUUCGAGAUUGUGUGGCACCAGGCUUGGGUGAGCUCUAUUGAGACAACAAAGGCUGGCUUGAACGCUACACUGCUCAUCAAGCAUCCCGAGGACGACCGGUCUCACAGCCGACGGCUCCCCGCAGUUGAAACCUUUCAUGGUGCAAUGACAGCGCACUUCCCUGAAUCCUCCCAAUUUGGGAUGCGUUGCUUCCAAAUCUCCUCAAUCCUUCAACUUCUGUCUGAUCCCUGA